AUGGAGGUUCCGGGGAAGAAAUUACAACCAGGACCAUCUACAGCGGACACAACCUUCUGCCAGCCCUGUAAACAAGAUGACGAAAUCCUCCCUGCCGAGGUUUACUGUACCGCCUGCAAAGAGUUUUUCUGCUCUAACUGUGCAAGAGUCCAUAGAAAACAAAAGGUUUCAAGAUCUCAUACCCUUCUUGACAAGUCCAAUAUGCCGACAGCUAUCAGUGGUCCAGAAAGUAAACACGAAUUCACAGAGUCUUGUUGGAUCCAUCCCGAGGAGUUUGUCAAGUACUUCUGCACCACCCACCAAACCCUGAUAUGUGGACACUGUGCUGUGCAGAACCAUAGAUCGUGUCAUGUUAAUGUCAUAUCAGAUAUAUCAAAGGCCUUUAAAGAUGGCAAAGAGUAUGGAGAUAUCAUGAAAGCAAUUGCCAGGUUAUUUGAAGAUAUUGAUUUAUGCUCGUCCAAUGUGGGGAAAAACGUUGACGUUGUAGCAAAGCUAGGUAAAAAUGAGGUUUCCAAGCUGAGAAAAUAUCAAGAGGAAGUAAACAAGUAUUUUGAAGAAAGAGAACAAGCACUGUUGAAGCUUAUAGAGAAGAUGAAACACAUGGAUGAAGAACUACUUGGGUCUCUAAAACCGAAAUAUAAAAACCUCAAGUCCAAGCUAGAAGAAAUAAAUGUCACACUUGAAGCACAAGGAAACAACAUGAUACAGUUGUUCAUUGAGACCAAAAGAGCCAAGAAGGAAUUAGAGGGUCUGCAGAUUGAACUUGCUGGCAUUAACAAGGACAAUGUAAUUCACAACUACGAAUUCAGAAAGGACCCAGCCACUGAGCGUCUUAUUGCAUCUGACACUGGCCUUGGGACAUUAGAAAACAUUUUGACUGAACAAACAACCGCACUAGCAAAGACCGACCAUCGCAUAAUAGGACUUACAGUUCAGGGAGAUGGCAAUAGGAAAACCAUGGCAACUGCCGAAUGUACAGUGAGGCAGGCCAAUGCAGAUUUGACAAGACUACGCUUUACACCAGCUGUCGAUAUCCCAGUCAAUUCUCCAACUGACGAGAGGAAGUGUAACCUGUCAAGCAUGCUUCACAUUGCCGGGUCCAGAUUGCUGCUAGCUGACUUAAACAACCAAACAGUUAAGUUGGUGGACAUGCAGACAAGGUAUCUGGUCUCCAAUAUCAGUGUACAAGGUCCGCCAUGGGACAUGUGCCAUCUUCCAGGGGAAAGGGUGGCUGUUACUAUGGCCAGAAAUGGUAUUCAGUUCCUGGAGACUGGAGGACAACUCGCUCUUGGUGACCGUAUCGAAUUGGAUGGUGACUGUCGCGGUAUUGCUUACCAUGAAGAUAGGUUGAUUGUGUCCUAUUUCAGUGGAAAGGUAACGGUACUGAAUAUCAACGGGCAUGUUUUAAGACAAAUGCAAAAGGAUGGCAAUGGAAAAAAAACUGUUCGAACGUCCUUUCUCCUUAACAGUCGUGGGUGAAGGUUCGACUGCUUCCAUCUACGUAUCAGACAUGCGCAGGAACAAAAUAACAAAACUUGACAUGAACCUGCACAUCAUCAAGACGUUCCAGGACCCUGCAUUGAAAGAACCAAGAAGUAUCACGGCACUCGGUGACCAACUGUUAAUCUGUGGUUAUGGAAGUAACACCAUUAUGACACUGAAUUUGUCCACUGGUCAGAUGACACAACUGAUGGGGGAAAAAGAGGGGAUACGAGAUCCAAUGUUUGCCUUAUACUGUCCGCAACAGUGCAAACUUCUUGUCACGGAACACUUGCCAAAUAAAAUAAAGGUUUUCAAUACAAUCGAAUAAUGCAGCCAAUGGGGUAAAAUGGUCCGAAACAUCAACUUACCGUUUACUAACCCUUCGUCAUUCAGUUGUUACAUUCUAAUGAGAAUGAUACGUGAACUAAGUUCAGGAACUGAUUUGAAUAAUGUUAUUUGUAAAGAAUAUUGGAUCGUAAUAGUUCUUAGCAAAGAACACGCACUCCAUUCAAUUUGAUGAUUUUGCUUUUUUACAUUCAAAGAGCGUACAAAUCCAAAAUGUUUGAAUUUAAAAUGUCAUCGAAAAUAUUGCAUACAUAUUCUGCCAUAAAGAAAUGUUACUUGAUGUGCAAUGUAUGUUUAUUUCUUUUAGAUGUCGUUACGUAUCUUAAAUAAUAGUUAUCAGUAUUUUUUUAUUAUUCUUAAUUGGGUUGGAAGCCAUUGCGUUGAAUCUGUUAU